UAGAAAUUUUCAUGAAAGUGAAAGUCUUUUUAGAGAAUCGGAGAUUAUUCUAGGUAACUUCUGAAGGCAAACAUGGAACAGGUUCGAUUGUCAAUGAUUUGCCAUUCUCGUUCUCGAGGAGGCAAUUUCUCAGCCAGAAAAGCUUUAAUGACCCGCGUGAGUUGUUAUGCAAAUUAAAUUAAUUGAUCAUUCAGCCCAAACGACAAAUAUUGCAAGAAACGGUUGUGGAACUUUUUGUUUAGACAUGUAGUAUGGCUCAUGAACUGCGGUUAUUUUGGCUCGUUUUACGUGUUUGGCAUGUGUCUUCUUUAUGUCUUCACUUCCAAAGCUCCUUUUGCGUAGCUGAACGUGUGUUGGACUCACAGAAGGCGAGCGUCCACAAUCAAAACAACAGGUCGGCAGGGUUAUAUUUAGAAACUUCAAAUGAUUUAACAAUCAGAGUGGGAGAACUGCUCCAGUUGAACUGCAGUCUAAUCGGAGCAGCCAAUUCCUCUCAGUUAUCCUGGUGCCAUGGAAAUCAGAUUUUAUCCAAUCUCACAAGAAAACUGAGCAAUAAAACCAUCCAGUUAGUAAUAGAACAGGUGGACUGGAUUGAUAGUGGAAGCUAUGUGUGUAAAGAAAUAAGAAGAAAUAAUGCAGUUCAACCCAAGUCUGUCACAGUGACAGUUGGUGAUAUCCCCAGUCCACCUCGAGAUUUGUGGAUAAACAAUGUGGAAUUUAAAACUCGUAUUCACUGGAAGGUUCCACUGUACGAGGGAGGAUUAACAUUAAAGUAUGCUGUCAAAGGAAAAUGUGCAUUUAACACAUCAAAUAUAAGUCCUGAUCAGCUUUGGGAGUGUAAAGAAGAAUUUAUAACACUAUGUGAAGGUGCCUAUAGUAUCAAGCAAGAACUAGGACCAGCAUCUGAUAGUUUCUUUUGUGAAGUUUAUGAGAUCCUUAACUUCUCAAACUAUACUGCUUAUGUUGAGGCCAUUAAUGACUUGGGAACUGGUGUGAGCAAUCCUGUGAAAUUUAUUAGGAACAUCGAUAUGGAUCCACUUUUAACCACUCCAUCACCUGGGGUGUUCUUGGGUGUCUGGGAAGUGCGUGUCCCUGGCACAGUGAAACUGAGUUGGAAAGAUGCCAAAACAUUUAAACCUCCAGACCUUAGAGUUGAAUACACCAUUCUGUACCAUAGAGAAGGAGACCGCUCUAACAAGAGUAGGAGAGUGGAAUCCUCAACAAAUAUUUUGAUAUCUGAUUUGGUUGGAUUAUCCUGGUAUCAUUUCUACUUGAUGAUACGUUAUGGACUAAAAAAUUCAUUCAGUUCCCACAGUAAAGCAGUUGAACGAAAAUUCAGGACAACCAUUUCAGCACCAAAGUCUCCGGUAAUAUUGAAUUGCAGUUCCUGGAGUAAACAAAAUUCUAAUCCUACCUUGACGGUCUCCUGGACAAAUCCAGAGGCGGAGUAUUUCAAUGGCCCGUCGAGGAAUGCUGUUAUACUUUACCGUUGCCAGAGAGGAAACCAGUCUAUCUCAGGAAAUAUAACUUCAAAGAACGGGAGCAGUCACAGAGCGGUCAUUCAUUUUCUGCCGAAGACGUUUGACAGAUGCAGUGUGUGGAUGAAACUGUGUAAUGAACCGGGUCGGCUCUGCAGUGGUUUUAGCAAAAUUUGCAGCACUGAGAGCAACGCAAAAGUAAGUUCUGUGUCGCCAUCCAAAGCUGUUAAAAAAAGCCUCACUACAACGAUACUGAUCGCCGUCGCUGGAACAAUAGGAGGGCUUCUCCUGGUGUUUGUUGUCUUUAUGUGCUAUAGAAUUCGUCAUAAAGGAAACGAAGGACCUUCUUUGGGAGCUCUUCUGCAGAUUUUGCCCCCAAUCCAUGGCUAUGACGAGAUGGAGCAGUCUUUGGAGGAUGUCAACUACGAUGAAUUAUAUAAUUAUCUGAAUCGACCUACUGAUGACACUGACGCAGACCAACCACUGACAAGAUAGAAUGUCAAACGUCAAGACGAAAGUAUAAUUCCUGAGUAGACUAGAAAAGAAGCGGUGCCUAUACCGCAUUAAAGUGGUCAGGUAUUUGAUGUAGGGUAAUAUUUUUUGGGAAAACCAAGACAUUGCUCUCCCCAGUCCAGAGCUGUUGUACUCAAGUCAGUAGUCAUCGAGGUACCAGUGUCUGAAAAAAAAGCCGUUUCCGACAAGAGCAAUGCCUCUGUUUGAAGUCAAGAUAAUGUUCGGAGCCUUUGAUAGGGAAAUGAUCAUUUAAAUUCCAUUAAACAAAAAAAAAAAAACUCGUUUUCGUAAGAAAGGUUUUGCAUUGAGCCUAAUUUGAAACUGAGAGGUUGUGGAACUCGGAAAUUUCUCAUCGACGAUACUGGAGUAUUUUUCAACUUAGCCGGGCAGUAUUUCGAGGUAAACUGGACGGUUUUACUGGCUUUGAACUGAGAAAAUCUGUUACAAUCGGGUAAGAAUGUAGAGUUCCAAAUUCCCAAGACAACGUCCGUAUGGGCGGACUGAUAUAUUAGGGUGGAAAAAAAUUACAACUAUAUCAGAUACAUCAGAGAACGAUACAGUGGGUUUUUCAAAGUUUGGUAGAGGCAAUGAAUGUAGGUAAGGGUCCUGGAAACGUUAAGCAAUAAAGUAGAUAGUACCCACACAGUUCGGCCGGUGUUAAUUCGCAAACGUAACCUUUACGUACCAAAUGAAAACCACGUAACAACACUCAUCUGGGUCAGGUCUGAAACGAGAAGAGUGCUUUUAGUUUGUGCACAGAAAGCCUUUAGACAUUUCGUUGAACGAACAACUAUUCACCGAAGUGAAUGUAAAUAUCCACCACUUUCAGCGACACUGAGGUGAAUAAUUGUUUCAGUAUGAACCACUCAGAAAUUAAUAAUAAAAAAAAAAGUUAGUUUAUUCCUGUCAAUAUAUCGAAAAGUGGUCGGAAAUGAAACUCCUGAAGUACGAUUUUGUCUCUUCCGCUGCUUGGAGGUGUAGAGUAUUUGUUAAUUAUUCCGAACUAACCAAUCACCGCGCGCUAAAAGCACUAUUCAUCAGUGUAGUAUAUAUUAAUACUUAGUGUAAUACUUAUCAUUAUUUUCUUUAUCUCGGAAAACAACGUACGUAGUGCAUUACGCUGUCUAUAGAUAACCUUGAAUCUGAAGAGUACGUUUGACCAACCCAGAAUUUUCUUUCAGUUGCAUCAGAUGUCUUAGCUUUGAUCGCCAUAAAAACUGGCACAGUAUACAAUUAUAGUGUUUUCUGUAUCAAAGGAUAGAGGGAUCUUUUUAUUUUCAAAGGAAACAAGAUCGAAGUAAAAUUAGAGAUGUACAGUUAAUGGAUCAGAGAAGAACUCAUUAUAAUUUUUGGUUGGCUUGAGAUUCUUAUUAUACUUGUAGGUAGCGGAUUAAAGUCGUCCAAUUUUUUGCAACAAAUGAAAUGGGAUUAAUAAAGAUAAAAAUUGUAAA